UUUGUGAGACCGAGCCGCCAUCUUAUCGCGCCGAGGAGGAGAAGAGCAGCAGCAGGCAGAUAUGGCAGACUACAGCAACGUGGCUCCCCCGUCCUCAAACGCCGGUGGCGGCAUGAACGACGCUUUUAAAGACGCUCUGCAACGAGCGCGACAGAUCGCAGCAAAGAUUGGCGGGGACGGAGUUGCGGCACCCCCGACAAACGAGUUCGGCUACGGGGGCCAGAAAAGGCCCCUGGAGGACGCUGGUGGGUAUUUUCCCAUGCCUAACCUGAAUAUCGACCAACCAGAGACAAAGAAAGUGGCUACAAAUGAUGCCUUUUCAGGUAUUGGAGGAAUGGCUGGUCCCCCAAGGUCAACAUCAGAAGAAUUCAAGGUCCCAGAUGGCAUGGUUGGCUUCAUUAUUGGAAGAGGAGGUGAACAAAUAUCACGUCUCCAGCAGGAGUCUGGGUGCAAAAUACAGAUUGCCCCUGACAGCGGAGGGAUGCCAGAUCGGUCGGUGACAUUAACAGGAUUACCAGAAUCAAUCCAGACGGCAAAGAGGCUACUAACAGAAAUCGUUGAGAAGGGGCGUCCGGCCCCAGCGUUCCACCACAACGACGGCCCAGGAAUGACUGUUCAGGAGAUUAUGGUACCUGCUUCUAAAGCCGGACUUGUCAUUGGCAAGGGAGGAGAAACCAUCAAAAGCCUUCAGGAACGAGCUGGAGUGAAAAUGGUCAUGAUCCAAGAUGGGCCCCAAAACACAGGCGCAGACAAACCACUACGCAUUUCAGGAGAACCUUUUAAAGUUCAGCAAGCCAAAGAGAUGGUGAUGGAGCUGAUUAGAGAUCAGGGCUUCAGGGAGCAGAGGGGCGAGUACGGUUCAAGGAUUGGAGGAGACAGCUUAGAUGUUCCUGUCCCACGUUUUGCAGUAGGAAUUGUUAUCGGGAGAAAUGGAGAAAUGAUCAAGAAAAUUCAGAAUGACACAGGCGUCAGGAUUCAGUUCAAACCAGAUGAUGGCACCACACCAGACAGGAUAGCGCAGAUCAUGGGUCCCCCUGACCAGGCUCAGCACGCGGCAGAAAUCAUUUCCGACCUAUUGCGGAGCGUCCAGGCUGGAGGACCUCCAGGGCAUGGAGGUGGCAGGGGACGCGGUCGCGGUCAGGGCAACUGGAACAUGGGCCCCCCUGGUGGCCUCCAAGAGUUUACCUUUACAGUCCCGACCAUGAAGACUGGUCUGAUCAUUGGGAAAGGUGGUGAGACAAUCAAGGGCAUCAGCCAGCAGUCAGGAGCCAGAAUCGAGCUCCAGAGGAAUCCUCCGCCCAACGCUGACCCCAACAUUAAGAUGUUUACAGUCAGAGGGUCUCCUCAGCAGAUCGACUACGCCCGGCAACUAGUGGAGGAGAAAAUUGGGGGACCUGUCACUCCCAUGGGUGGCCCACAUGGCCCUCCUGGCCCACAUGGAGGACCAGGUCCACAUGGUCCUCCAGGACCACCCGGACCCCCUGGUGCUCCCAUGGGUCCAUACAAUCCUGGACCAUACAAUCAGGGCCCACCCGGACCACAUGGUCCUCCUGCUCCAUAUCAGCCUCAGGGAUGGGGCAACGGCUACCCACACUGGCAGCAGGGCCAGCCUGAUCCAAAUAAAGCAGCAGCGGAUGCCAACGCAGCAGCGUGGGCAGCGUACUACGCUCAGUACGGCCAGCAGCCGCAGGCUCCCAUGACCCCGACCAGCGGAGCGCCCGGCACCAGUCAAGCCAACGGCCAAGGUGACCCACAGGCUGCAGGUCAGAGUGGACAGGCAGAUUACACCAAGGCCUGGGAGGAAUAUUACAAGAAAAUGGGUCAACAGAGUCAGCAACCUCAGGACUACACGAAAGCCUGGGAGGAGUAUUAUAAGAAACAAGGUCAAGCGGCCCCUCAGGCCACAGCGGCAGCGGCUGCCUCUCAACCUGGAGGCCAGCCGGACUACAGCGCGGCCUGGGCAGAGUACUACCGGCAGCAGGCCGCUUACUACGGCACGGCCAACCCACAGCCGAUGGGCGCGGCGCCACAAGCUCCCCAGGUACACCCGCCCCGAUAAUAAUGCGCUGUCCACAUUCACGCACACUCAGUCGUUUUGCACCGUAACCCGCUUCACUCCUCAGGUUUUCACAGGGCUCCGGUGACCGCAGCAGCCUCACACACUUAACCAAAACCACCUUCCUUCCUACACAGGCUUUUUAGCUUUUUAUUUUGGGAAGCUGAGUCCACUGUUUCUGCUGUUAACAUGCAAUGUAUCUUCUAUGUAUUUCUUCUGCACAGGGCCAGUAAUGUGAAGUGGACAUAAAGUAAAUGCUACAUUGUCGAAACAAAAUCCUUUGUUAAAUGUUUGGAUGCAGACGCCUUGAUGAAGAUCUUAAAUUUCCUUGGUUUGAAAGUGUUUCACAUAGAUGGCAGAUUACCCGGCGAACACGUCCUCUUUGAUUUUUCUUUUUUUUUUUCCUUUUUGUUAUUCUUUUUUUCUUGUAAAUGCUUUGUUUUUAGUGAGGUAAUUAUACAUAUGGUCAUUCCAGCCCUGUAUCUACAUUAAAUGUGGUUAGAAGUCAUGUUUAUUAAACUGUAGACAUUACCAUGUAAAAUCAUCUCAGUUUUAAAAAUUGCUCUUGCCUGUUGUGUUUUUUUGCAAUAAAACAAACUGAAACCUCCUGUGUUGGUAAGUUGGGGUGGAGAUGUAUUUCUGUAUGAUUGUUUUUGUUUUACCGUGAGGCCGCUGAGCAGGGGGGGGGAUAGGUGGGGUGGGCGUUGUAGUUUGAACUGAUUGUCCAAAACCAAAUUGUGCUGUCCUGUCUCUCUCCAACUGUCUAUAAGACUCGUAGUCACAUUACUUGCGUGCAGUGAUGCCGGGUGGUUCAGACUUGUUAUUUAUAUUUCAUAUUAUUUCUGACUCUAGCAAGUAGAAAAAAUGUUUGUCACGAGAAAGCCGACGGUAUCUGUGUGUCGUGAUCUCAUGCAUUACCUGCGUUGCUGUGGCACUCCUUCUCACUUUUUGCAUUGGUUGCUGAUAUUGUUGAGGUGUAGUUUGCACUGUAUAUAUAUAUUUUUAUUUUUUUGCUGCCUCCCUUGAUAGUCACUUCCUCCUCCACAGGCAAGUUUAGAAAAGCGGUAAGCCAAGUAUCCUUCUCAACAUGCGGUUCUAAGAAAUGUUGCAUAUUUUUAGUGUUAUAUAUCCAUCUACUUUUUGUGCUGUUCUUUUUCCAGGACAGUGAGGUAAAAUUGUUUUGAAAAGGAGAGAGGGAGAGAAAAAAUGCAUUGAAACAUUUGUCUUGCCCAAUUGUGAACUCACAUGUUUACACUUGUCUUUUUUUGAAAAGAAUGUUUUUAAAAGUAUAAAACGAUGCAACAAAAAGUGGUAGAUGUUGUAGGGUCUGGGGGUGGCUAAGCAGUCGGCAUCCAUCAGUUGAGCCCUCCUGUAAUGUAAGUACAAAAAAACCUGUGAUUUGACUUUGAGAAAGAACGCUUUAUAAACUGCCAACGAUGUAGUAUUUUUUAUUUUUUCUCAAAUAUUGCCCUUUCCCCUCCCCCCCUCCCUCCUUUGUCUUUGGGUAAGUAUGAAAUGUUCUCAGGAGAGGCUUAGCGCUUCAGAAUGUGAUGAUUCUUGUACCACAUGUUUCUGAGACUCUCUCUACUCAGUCUCCUGUAGAUUGUUUGUGUAGGUAGUUGGAUUUCUGAACUGAGGUCUGUUACACUGCUGGUAGGAACUGUUUAAGGAUGUCCAUGUUGGGGGUUUUUUGCGUUCUGAAUAUUUGCCAACUUGCCAUUGUGUAGUUGAUGUCUUUUUAAAAACAAAAUGCCAUUUAUUGCAAUAUAUUUGCUUAGAAAUCUCCUGCAUAACUCCAGCGUAGCAUGCUUAGGUUUCUGCUGAUAAUCUCUCUAAUAUGUCCUUUAUAAUAAGCAUGUGGAAUGCUAGUAGUGGAAGUGCUGCUGAUUAGCUCAGUAUUGAUGAUUUUUUUUUUUUAUGAAUGAGCACUGCUGUGAAAGGCUGUUAAUGUUAAAGUCCAAACGAUCUCUUUGACUGCAUUGUUCACUGACGGCAAAGAGUGCAAUAUAUACAUACAUAUAUAUAUAUAUCUGAUCUUUGCAGUGUCAUCCCAGACCUUGCACCUUAGGUUCUGCUGCAAUAACACAGGUAAGCGAAACCUAAGGAAAACCAGUGUUUUUGUCCAGUGACAUACAUGCAAACAAAUGCUUACCUGUGUCAUUAAACAAAAAGAAAAUGUCCAGGAAAUUCACAGCCCAUUUUUUUUUCCAUGAAUGAACUGCAUGAUGUGAAGUUUUGACAAGUGAAAAGGUUGUUGCAUAGGAGGUAAUGUCGAAUUUGCUUAAUAUGAUAAUAGCCUCUAUAUUUGCACCCUGGUAAGUCUGAAAGUGACUGUAUGUCGAUGCUUUAGAUUGACACUGGUGUAAAACUGCAUGCUAAACUGCUAGGUCAAAGAAACACAACGGUUCAAUACAUGAUUUUUAAUAUUUUUUUUUUCCUGUCGUGGUGUGAAUCUGCCCUCAAGUGCAGUGCAAAUCUGCUAUUGAAACGCCUUCACUUCUCGCUCACAGUGUUGGAGGAUGCUGCAGGCUUAGGUCGUAGAAUCAGGCCCGUGUCGUAGUUUGUCCCCCCCCCUACACACAAAAGGAGGAAUCCUUUGAGUCUAUCCUGCUGCUGAACGUAGACCGUUCAAGAGCUCCAGUGAUAAGGUAAAAAACCCAAAAAAACAGCAACCCAAUGAAAUUUAAAUUCUUUGAUUGCAAAAAGUGUUGGUUAGAUUUGUUUUUGCUGCCCGGUUUGACUUGUCUCUUUUUAACCAUGAUGCCAUAGUUUGUUUAGAGUUGUCUGAAAGUUGUUUUUAAUCGCUGUGAAUGCCUUCAUGAGUAACUUUCAGCAGACAGGAAUGUGCUUUAGAAAGUUGGAUGAGGACAGGAACUUUGGGGUUUAUCAGUUUAAAACACUUCUGUAGUAAAAAUAAGGUCACUCACUGUUUGUUCGGGGCUGUAUACACGAGAGACACUCAGUGUUUCAACACAGAGUUCAAGGGGUGUAGAAGACUAAACAAGGAGCAUGCCUUAGAGGUAAUCAAGGUUUCAUGUGCUGUGUAUAAUCUAUUGGUUUGUUUCUUGAAUUUAACUGUUUUUGGUUUUGAAAUGUUGCCAUGUUCAUUAAAGUUGUAACAAAUAAACUGGA